AUGACUGAAACAUCAACGGUUAAGGUAAAAACCGAGCGGCCUGAUGAGGCGGAGAUUAGGGAAUUGGCUGCAAAGAUGGUGGAAGCUAAUAAAGCGAAGGCUUUGGCGGCGUCUGCAGCGGCCGCUCGACCGCCACCCGGUGCCAUGAUGGGUGCUGGACCACCAGGCGCGGGCGGGCAAAUGGGCAUCCUUAAUUUCUUGACCCGUAAACCUGGUGCGAACAAUGAGCAGCAGCGACCCGCCCCUGACGAAAAGAAGACGCCAGCACCAGAUGAAGCUAGUUGGAAAGGUCACUUUGGAUGGGAUAUGCUUGGCAAAUGUCAUAUUCCAUACAUCUACCGUUCGGGCGAAAAGUAUGUAGCCGUCCGCAUGGUGGAAAUCAAACUCCUCAACAAGUACCUGAACUAUUUACACGCAGAUAUCUACUCUUGUACAUGUAUUAGAAGUUACUAUAUAACGGAAAUAGAAGCACGGUUACUGAAUGAAAUCAACAAUAGGCACUGUGAUGGACAAUUUGGGCGUGAACCAUUCACACAGAAGGAUUUGGUAGUGAGGCUCUCGGAUGCUUACGAGUUCUAUAACUUCUUAGACGUUUGUUACAAUAAGUUGUUACGUGGUACAACAAACAAUAAGGACAAGUGUGGGUUCAUUAGGAUAAACAAAGAGUCAGUUGUUCCAUAUACUGUUCGUGAUAAUCAGAAAUUUGUUCCUCUAUUCUAUUUUGAAGGUGAAACAGACAAUUUGAAGUUGAAAGCGGACCAGCUUAAAGGCUGGGACCUAUCAUACUUGAAGUUCUGCUGUAAACAAAGGGGUCUGCAUCGGGCGUGGGGCAGUGGACGCGCGCCGCCCCCCGCGCCGCCUCCGGGCGCAGGUGCGGGUGCGGGCGCGGGCGCAAUGGCAGCGGGUGCGGCGACGGGCGCUCUGGCGGGCGCGGGUGCGGGCGUGGGUGGCGGCGCGCGCGGGCGCCGGCCGGGCGCCGCGCGGCACUCGGCCGCGGCGGCCGCACUGCAGCUGCCACACGCUGGCAUCUCGGCAGCCGCCGUGCAGGCGCUCGCCAACGGCUGGAGCCUGCCCGGACAGCUCACGCAGGCGCAGACGCAGCAGGUGCUGCGCCUCGCUCAGGCGCAGGUGGCAGCGCAGGCGCAGGCCGCGGCGCGCUACAGCAACGCGGCCCUCGCCGCCGCCGCCUCGCUGCCGCAGCACCGCUCGCAGCAGCACCAGCGCAACGUGCAGUUUCCGAACAGUGCAAUAACAAUGGCGAUGGGCCAGCAGCCACCCCCACCUCUGGUGAGGAGCACUGCAAACACCACGACCAUGAAUGUUCCACCACAAGUUACUGGGACAAUGAAUGGCCACUCAACCUCUCACUCCGUGGACACUCGCAAAAGGCUUACACCCAUACCCGACAUCAAUAUAACUGGCAGCCAUACGCCGUAUAAGGUUCAAAAAGCACUGGUGGAGAAUACAAUGGUGCCAUGUAUCAACGCGAAGCCAUACCAGUACACGGAGCUGCUGAUGACGCUGCCCGAUCUAGCGAGCCAUUUCUUCCCGCGUGUAUCGCUGGCUACCUGCCGGGCCAUGUUAGACGCUCUCGGCCUCACACUCUACAGGCCCAACUCGACACAGCUGCAAGUGCUGCGCAACUCGGGCAAGUGCAAGUCGGCGGCGGCGGGCGAGAACGGGCUUGCGCUGGUGCAGAUCCGCGACGUGAUGCAGCGCAUGCCGCAGUUCAAGUACAUGCUGCGGUCGGGGCUGGCGGACGACGAGCACGCGCACCAGGCGCACGCGGCGCACCCGCACCAGGCACACGCGCACGUGCAGCAGCAGCCGCACCACGCGCCGCGUCCCGCGCACGCCGCGCAGCCGCCGCACGCAAAGCGCGCGCGCGCCAACUGA